CCCUCACAAAAUUAAUUAAUAUUUAUACAAAAGAAGAUCAAAGUCCCCUUUUCUUUCGUUGUUUUUGUUAUUAUUAUUUCUCUCUCUAAAUCCCUCUCAAUGGCGGCAUCGAGCCAGGGCAGUCUCCUCCUCCAGAAACAACUCAAAGAUCUUAGCAAGAAUCCUGUUGAUGGAUUCUCUGCGGGUUUGGUUGAUGAUAACAACAUCUUUGAAUGGAGUGUUACGAUCAUUGGACCGCCCGAUACGCUAUAUGACGGGGGCUACUUUAAUGCCGUUAUGAGUUUUCCAGAUAAUUAUCCUAACGGCCCUCCUUCCGUUAGAUUUACGUCAGAGAUGUGGCACCCAAAUGUUUAUCCUGACGGGCGUGUUUGUAUAUCAAUUCUCCAUGCACCUGGGGAGGACCCCACUGGCUAUGAGCUUGCAAGCGAGCGAUGGACACCUGUUCACACGGUUGAGAGUAUAGUUCUGAGCAUAAUCUCCAUGCUUUCUAGUCCUAAUGAUGAAUCUCCUGCUAAUGUUGAAGCAGCUAAGGAAUGGAGGGAUAAGCCGAAUGAUUUCAAGAAGAGAGUCAGCAGAUGUGUGAGAAGAUCUCAGGAAAUGCUGUAAAGAAAAUAUCGUAGGCGAGAGAACCCACCUUGUCAAAGAUUAUAGUUUUGCGUGCGGAGAGCCUAGCUACGUGCCGAUGCCCGUGUCGGUGUAGUUUGGAUAUAUUUAGUGUGCAUGCGGCCUGUUGGUUGCUACGUGUAAGGGUUAUGGUCGGUUAAGCUCUGUAGAUUUUCAUCUGUCUAUUGGAAUCUCACUCAGUCCAGACCCGAGACUUUUUUCCUUCAAUACACUUUUGGGGUGCAUGUCAUUUAGGUGCUUGAUCUUCAGUUUUGAGUGGGAACUCGGUUUUGUCUGCCUUUUACUGUUUUUAUUUGCCUUUUUUUUUUGGUGUGUGAAAGCCAUGUAAACAAGUAUUAGAUAUGUUAAAGAGCGUUCACAGCAUGCAACUGUUGCCAGUUUUGCAAGUUUGCAACUGCUUAUA